AUGUGGAAAAAUGAUACUAUUUCUCCUUCUCCAAGUUCUUCUGGAAAACACCCGAAAUACCGGGGAGUAAGGCAAAGAAGAAGUAGUGGGAAAUGGGUUUCAGAAAUCCGGGAGCCUAAGUCACCUAAUCGUAUUUGGCUUGGUACAUUUCCCACUCCUGAAAUGGCUGCGGUGGCUUAUGAUGUAGCAGCACUGGCGCUCAAAGGUGGAGAUGCUGAGCUUAACUUCCCAAAUUCAUCAACUUCACUGCCUGUGCCAGCUUCUUCCGCUCCACGUGACAUCCAAGAAGCUGCUGCUAGAGCAGCUGGAGCAGCAGGUGCAGCAAUGGAUGCUUUCCUGGGUGCUCAUGGUAGUGGUGUAGCUACAGUCGAUCAGCCAUUGAUUGGAGGGGGUGGGUUUGUGGACGAAGAUAUGAUAUUUGAUAUGCCCAAUGUACUUGCGAACAUGGCUGAAGGGAUGCUUCUUAGCCCUCCCCGAUUUGACUUUCAUAGCGAAGAGGCUGCAGGAAACUCAAUGGAUCAUGAUUUGUGGAAUUAA